AUGCGGUGGAUUUCUUCUUCUCCGUGGCUCUCUGAGCUCUCUUGUUCUUCUUCGGCGGUUAUAGAAUCAACAUCCUCUGUUCCAGUAGCAAUCCAAUGGCUGAGAUUUGUUUUCCUCUCUCCAUGUCCUCAACGUGUUAUCUUCUCCGCCGUAGAUCUUCUCUUCAUCGCCGUCCUCAUCUUCUUCGCUCUUCAGAAACUCUUUCCUUCUUCUUCCUCCUCUACCGAAAUCAACGGAAACACAGAGAUUAGGAAACCCCUAAUCGGAAGCCGUGGAAGAACCCCAACAAGAACAACCUCGUGGUUCAAAACGACAGUCAUAGUCACCGUUCUAUUGUCGUUUUGCUCCGUCGUGCUCUGUGUUUUGGCGUUCACGGGGAAACAACAGAGACCAUGGAUCCUCAUAGACACUCUGUUUUGGCUAAUCCACGCCGUCGCAAACACCGCCAUCGCCGUUCUCGUCCUCCACGAGAAGAGAUUCGCAGCUCUGAACCAUCCCCUAUCUCUAAGAAUCUACUGGGUUUCAAGCUUCGUCGUCACAUCUCUCUUCGCCGUCUCCGGGAUUCUCCAUUUACUCUCCGACGGCCUGAGAACAGAGGACGCCGCCUCGUUCUUCUCCUUCCCGCUAGCCGCCUUUCUCCUCAUCGUUUCCGUCACAGGAACAACCGGCGUGGCCACAACGGAAACGGAGGAGAGCAAACGAAACGACGCCGUUUCGGAGAAACCCGAUAACGUCUCUCUCUACGCGUCAGCUUCCGCCUUCUCCAAGAUGUUCUGGAUAUGGAUGAAUCCUUUACUGAGCAAAGGAUACAAAUCGCCAUUGACGCUGGAGCAAGUCCCGACGCUAUCUCCGGAGCACAAAGCAGAGAGGCUCGCGCACCUCUUCGAAUCGAGCUGGCCGAAACCGUCGGAGAACUCGAGCCACCCCGUCCGUACGACUCUGAUCCGAUGUUACUGGAAAGAGAUCCUCUUCACGGCGAUGCUAGCCAUCAUCCGCCUCGCCGUCAUGUACGUAGGUCCCGUUCUCAUCCAGAGCUUCGUCGAUUUCACCUCCGGCAAGAGAUCCUCGCCGCUGCAGGGAUACUACCUCGUCCUCGUCCUCCUCGUCGCGAAAUUCGUCGAGGUCUUGACGACGCAUCAGUUCAACUUCCACUCGCAGAAGCUCGGGAUGCUCAUAAGGUCGACUCUAAUCACCGCACUGUACAAGAAAGGCUUGAAGCUCACGAGCUCGGCGCGUCAGAGCCACGGCGUCGGGCAGAUCGUGAACUACAUGGCCGUCGAUGCGCAACAGCUCUCUGACAUGAUGCUUCAGCUCCACGCAAUCUGGCUUAUGCCGUUACAGGUCACACUCGCGUUAGUGCUUCUCUACGGAAGCCUAGGCGCGUCUGUAGUCACGGCCAUCGUCGGUCUCACCGGAGUUUUCGUCUUCAUCCUCUUGGGGACUAAGAGAAACAACAGAUACCAAUUCAGCUUGAUGGGAAACAGAGAUUCUCGGAUGAAAGCGACCAACGAGAUGCUCAAUUACAUGAGAGUGAUCAAGUUCCAAGCUUGGGAGAAUCAUUUCAACAAGAGGAUACUUAAUUUCAGGGACAUGGAAUUUGGUUGGCUCUCCAAGUUUCUCUACUCCAUAGCCGGGAACAUCAUCGUUCUCUGGAGCACGCCGGUGCUUAUCUCAGCGCUCACUUUCGCCACCGCGCUUUUCUUGGGAGUCAAGCUUGACGCCGGGACUGUGUUCACCACCACGACCAUCUUCAAGAUCUUGCAAGAACCUAUUAGGACGUUUCCUCAGUCGAUGAUAUCUCUCUCUCAGGCAAUGAUCUCUUUGGGGAGACUUGACUCGUACAUGAUGAGCAAAGAGCUCUCGAGUGAGGCCGUGGAAAGAGCCACUGGUUGUGAUGGAAGUAUAGCCGUUGAGGUUAGAGAUGGAAGCUUUAGUUGGGAUGAUGAAGAGAACGAACCUGCACUCAAAGACAUUAACUUUAAGGUUAACAAAGGAGAGCUCACUGCUAUUGUUGGAACCGUUGGUUCGGGAAAAUCUUCACUUUUAGCUUCGGUUCUUGGCGAAAUGCACAAAACCUCGGGCCAUGUGAGAGUUUGUGGGAGCACAGGUUAUGUAGCGCAGACAUCGUGGAUUCAGAACGGGACGGUUCAAGACAACAUCUUGUUUGGUCUUCCGAUGGUUAGAGAGAAGUACAACAAAGUUCUCAACGUUUGUAGUCUGGAAAAAGACUUGCAAAUGAUGGAGUUUGGGGAUCAAACUGAGAUCGGAGAACGUGGAAUCAACCUGAGCGGAGGGCAGAAGCAGCGUAUACAGCUCGCUCGUGCGGUUUAUCAGGAUUGCGAUGUGUACUUUCUUGAUGAUGUUUUCAGCGCCGUGGAUGCUCAUACCGGUUCAGACAUAUUCAAGAAAUGUGUGAGAGGAGCUCUUAAAGGCAAGACCAUCUUGCUCGUAACCCAUCAAGUGGACUUCUUGCACAACGUCGAUUGCAUUUUGGUGAUGCGGGAAGGGAAGAUCGUCGAAUCAGGAAGAUACGACGAGUUAGUCAGCUCCGGUUUGGAUUUCGGGGAGCUCGUAGCUGCACAUGAGACAUCAAUGGAGUUAGUUGAAGCCGGUGCAGACUUUGCAGCAUCAUCAGCAACAACAACAAUCGCUACAUCACCAAGAGAACUAACCUCCCCCCGUGCAAGCUCCCCGAGAACGUCCAUGGAGUCUCCCCACUUAAGUGAUCUAAACGACGAACACGUCAAGUCGUUCCUCGGCUCUCAAGUAGUAGAAGAUGGCUCAAAGCUCAUCAAAGAAGAGCAAAGAGAAACCGGUCAAGUUAGCCUCCGAGUUUACAAACAGUACUGCACUGAGGCUUAUGGCUGGUGGGGCGUUGUGCUUGUGGUGUUCUUCUCUCUGACCUGGCAAGGAUCUCUGAUGGCUAGCGAUUACUGGCUCGCCUACGAAACAUCAGCCAAGAACGCGGUUUCAUUCGACGCCUCUGUUUUCAUUUAUGUCUACGUCAUUAUCACACUUGUUUCCAUCGUUUUGGUGAGCUUCCGCUCGUAUUACGUCACUCACUUGGGACUCAAGACUGCUCAGAUCUUCUUCAGACAGAUUCUCAACAGUAUCUUACAUGCUCCCAUGUCUUUCUUCGACACCACGCCAUCGGGAAGAAUUCUCAGUCGGGCGUCGACUGAUCAAACCAAUGUCGAUAUUCUCAUCCCAUUCAUGCUCGGACUUGUGGCUUCAAUGUACACUACUCUGCUUAGCAUUUUCGUAGUUACUUGCCAAUACUCUUGGCCAACUGUUUUCUUUGUGAUUCCUCUUGGAUGGCUCAACAUUUGGUACCGGAACUAUUACCUCGCAUCUUCCCGGGAAUUAACGCGGCUGGAUUCGAUCACUAAGGCUCCGGUCAUCCACCAUUUCUCAGAGAGUAUAGCUGGAGUGAUGACAAUCAGAUCGUUCAGGAAACAUGAGAUAUUUAGGCAGGAGAAUGUGAAGCGUGUCAAUGAUAAUCUAAGGAUGGACUUUCACAACAAUGGCUCAAACGAAUGGCUCGGGUUUAGGCUAGAGCUGAGUGGGAGCUGGGUGCUCUGUAUCUCGGCUCUGUUUAUGGUUAUGUUACCUAGCAACGUAAUCAAACCAGAGAAUGUAGGGUUGUCUCUUUCGUACGGACUGUCUCUGAACUCGGUUCUGUUCUGGGCGAUAUACAUGAGCUGCUUUGUCGAGAACAAGAUGGUUUCCGUUGAAAGGAUCAAACAGUUCACUGAUAUUCCUUCGGAAGCCGAGUGGGAGAGCAAAGAAAACCUCCCACCUUCGAAUUGGCCUUUCCAUGGCGAUGUACAUCUUGAAGACCUCAAGGUACGUUACAGGCCAAACACACCUCUUGUGCUCAAGGGAAUCACUCUGGACAUCAAAGGAGGAGAGAAGGUAGGUGUAGUUGGGCGAACAGGAAGCGGGAAAUCGACUUUGAUCCAAGUCUUGUUCAGGCUUGUAGAACCAUCAGAAGGGAGGAUAAUCAUAGAUGGGAUCGAUAUCUGCACUCUAGGGUUACAUGAUCUCAGGUCAAGAUUCGGAAUCAUACCUCAAGAACCAGUCCUCUUUGAAGGUACCGUGAGGAGCAACAUCGACCCAACAGAUCAAUACUCUGACGAAGAAAUCUGGAAGAGCCUAGAACGUUGCCAACUCAAGGACGUUGUUGCUACAAAGCCUGAAAAGCUUGAUUCUUUAGUGGUUGAUAGUGGCGAGAACUGGAGCGUAGGACAGAGGCAGCUUCUAUGUUUAGGCAGGGUUAUGCUGAAACGAAGCAGACUUCUGUUCCUAGACGAGGCAACUGCAUCUGUUGAUUCUCAAACCGACUCCGUGAUUCAGAAAAUCAUCAGAGAAGACUUUGCGUCUUGUACCAUAAUCAGCAUCGCUCACCGGAUCCCUACAGUGAUGGACGGUGAUCGAGUCCUUGUCAUAGACGAAGGAAAAGCGAAAGAGUUCGAUAGUCCUGCUCGUUUGCUUGAGAGACAGUCUCUGUUUGGUGCGUUGGUGCAAGAGUACGCUCUCCGAUCUACCGGAAUAUGA